CGCCAACAUGGCGGACUCGGAGGACGAAGAUGGCUCUCUCAAUCUAACAGGGUUUUUAUUUGGAAAUAUAAACGAGAAAGGCGAGCUUGAAGACACAGAGAUAUUAGAUGAGGUAAUUUACACUUCUGAUAAGUCGAUUGUAGAUAUAUUUCUUUUCAACCUACUUGAUGGCCUCAAGACUUUCACUCAACAAAUUGAAACCCACAAUGAUACAUUUCAACACGAUUUGUUUUGAUCGCUAUUUCUCUUUUUUUUCUUCUUUGACAAAAGGUAUAUUUUGUCCAUUAUAUGGGAAAACUCUUCUGUUGCCUUAGCAAGUUGAUUUUUUUUCUCCCUUUCCCAGCAUUUAAGCUUUUUCUAUAAGGACUGAAAGAUUUACAUGUAUCCAAGGUUAUUAUCAACAACUGAUAAGCCGAUGGAAGUGCGAUUUAACUGCUAAUGUUCUGUUGUAUGUCGAAGGGAAUGAAAGGUUUAAUGUUGCAUGUAGCUGUAGAAGGUUUUGAUAGAAAUCGGAAGAAGAAAAAUGAAUUGUAUUUCAUUUCUUUAAGUAGAAAAUGAGGUACAUAAGUCCUUUGGAGGAAGAUCAGUGGGCUAUGGGGGACUUAAACUGUGGAAUACCUUACCGAAAGAACUGAAGACAUGCACGAACAUCAACAAUUUUAAGAAAUUGUUUAAGACAUUUUUAUUUAAAGAGGCCUACUUGCAGUAGUUAUAUACAUAAUGUGCAUUUUUGUUUUGUUUUUAUUCAUUUACUUGUUUAUUCCUCUUUCCUGUACAUUUUACAUUUUUAUCUCUGUAAAUACCUAUUUUUUAUUUGUGCAUUUCUUUGAUUUUCUUUUUCAAGAUUGUGAAGUGUUAUAGAGUAAUGUAUAUGGUGCUAUAUAAAUGUAAAUGCAAUAAAAUAAAUACAUGUAGCUGACAAAUGCCAGUGUGACCUUGGUUUGGCAUGGAUAGUCAGUUUCAUUUUUAACAUUGGGUUUGGAUUGUUUUGUUUUAAAUUGAAUUAAAAUUUUUGUUUAAAUUUCUUUCAAGGAAUCACGGCGCCAUCUUUCUCAGUUGAGCUCUCUGAGUGGCCUUGGGAGUCUUGUUCAAGACAUUGCAGAGGAAGGCAAAUCACCAAAUCAUGAUUCCGGGCCACUGGGCGAGGGAAGCAGCAGUAAGAUACAUUUUGGUGUCUUUUCGUUUAAUAUCUGAUCGGUAUAGUGAGUAGGUGAUAGAAGGGUCUUGCUCCAAUUGCAUGGCAUUUUAGGCAGAAGGUGUAAUGAUUUGCUCUUUAGAAUCUGGAUAAUCUGAGUCAUGUUGCUAGAGAACUGCUCAGCUGGGCUUUCACACUUCCAGACCUGGUGUAGCAUCCUUUUAAAAUGGAGUAGCUAUAUUUCUUAGCUGGUUCAUGCUAAACCAGUUGGAAUGAUUAUUGUGUUAUUGUAAACUUGCUGAGAUGCUAGGCAGGUUUGAAAGUAAUCUGUGAUGAACUAGUAUCCCAUUCAAUGAUCCUAAGCUAAAUGCUUCAUAAAAACAUGGUAAGCUCAGUGUUUUCCUUUUCUGGCAGCAUCUAAAAAAUUAAGUAGCUGUAUUAACUUUUAUUAUGCCUAAAAUUACUUGGAAUUUUUUGAAAAUUCAACAGGUAAAUCCCUUUCAGAAGGCUGGAUUCAGAAGGAUUCAAGUGCUACAGACUACAGUGAUAUCUCCGAACUAGCAGAGGAAGAGGAGGAAAAGUAUUACAAACAUGCUGUGUCCAUAUUCUCUCAAAAGCAGAACACCAGCACUGCUGGUAAGUUACACUGAUCAAUUGUAGAGUUCUCAUCAAAACAUCAUUCUCCUUCAUUGGGUUUUUGUUUGUCUUUUCAUUGCAUUUUUGUUUAAACAUAUUUUUUGUUGCAUUCCUUAAAAGUACCUUAGCUUAUCGAAGGGGAUUACAUUAUCAAAGUUACAAUAAUUUAAUGUGGUAAUGAACUGUUAAGGAGAUGAGUCAAUAUAAUAUGUUUUGAUUAAAUUUUAGAUGAUGAUGACUAUGAUGAUACUGGUAUUGACAAUGUGGAUAAUACACAGAAUGAUAAAGGUUUGUUUGCUCUAUUGCAUUGUAUCAUCAAUGAAAUACAGUAGGGAGUGACUGUGACACUUUUGAUGUGAACACUUGACUGAUAUAACAAUGUUAUUAUUUUGAAUAUAAUGGAAAGAUCAUUUUAGUUUAUUGAUAUAUUUAAAUUUGUUUACUAUACAGCCUGCUUGAUAUUUCUAUGACAACUAUUCUUACCAACUAGGUCACUUGCUAUUACCUACUAUUGUCCCUGCGGCUUCCACACUUUCUAAACAUGAACAGGACAGAUUGGCCAUGCCUCCACCACCCACCCCACAGGUGUCUGUGGCCCAAUCAGGGGAGGGUGCCAGAAUGAUUGACAGCACCAAUAAAGACUCAUUUGCCACCCCUCUUGCUGGAACAAUUGGAUCAGGUAGAUGAAGUAUCAGUUCUUUGAACUGUUUGUCAACCUUUCACAGGAAAUUUCUUUGGAAAUUUCUUUUUCCAUGUGUAUAGUAGUUGGUUAAUUUAGUGAGGAUAAGUUGAGUGACAGGGUUUUGACCUUAAAAUUAAGGAGUUGUCUAAGGCAACUUUCCUUGUGUCCAGUGGUUACCAAAACCUCAAGAAUUGUACCUUCUCAACUGCAUAAUGUGAGAGCCCACUAAAAGUGGUCAAACAACACUUUGCCUCUUGAAACAAAACUAGUGGUCCAGGACAACAAUACCAUGUUAAAUUUAGUCACCAAACUUUCCUCACUCAACUGAAAAUCCUUGUAAGAAGUGGUUGAAGCCAGACAAACAGAUGUUAUUUGGAAUUUCUUAUUGAAAGAAUACUGUGGCCAUCGUGUGUGCAUCCUUGUUGCCAACAAUGUGUUGAAAAUUCCUUUGGGGUGUUACAGAUGUGUAAUUGGUGAUGUAGCUGAGUGCAUGAGAGUGCGAGUGAAUAUAAUCUUUAGAAGCUUGCUCCAAAAUGAAAUGACAUGUCAUCCAAGUUGGGUAGAAACAAGGAUGCAAACAUGUUAGGUGAAUUGUGACUGUGAUGAUGACCUAUGCUCACUGACUUCCCCUGAUGGUAAUCCUUUCAGGGCCAUCCACACAUGAAUAAGUGGACUGUAUACUCAGUCAAAUGUUCCAUUUAUUUUCCCUAUAAAGCUAAAAAGGUUUUUUCUCUUCACAAUUGGUAUGCCACCUUUUCCUCUGCUUGUGCUGAAACUUUUGUACAAUAUGUAUUGCUGUCUUGGUCUUAAACAAAACAUGUACCAAAACAUGUAAUAUAAGACUCAAAUGUGUUCUCAAACAAAUUGCUAUUUUUUAAAAUGUUAUUGUAUUUUUACCUUAAAGACCUAUUAAACAAAGAUGGCAAACUCACCACCCAUGAUGGAAAAACAGUUACAGAUCUGUUUCCAGAGUUCCGUCCUGGACAGGUUUUAAGGUUUUCCCGUCUCUUUGGCCCAGCAAAAGCUUCAUCAAUGCCUCAGCAAUGGCGUAAUGCUAAGAAAAGGAAAAAGAAGAAGAAAAAACAAGAUGAUGAAAAGACUGUGAUUGAGCCUCCGAAAACUCCACCCAGUCCACGACCUGAAGAUUGUAUGUCUGAUGAUGAGGUAAACAAAAUAAAAAACAUAGGUUUUGUUUACAGUUAGAGGUCCUUUGGAUCACUGAACAUAGACAUUAAAUCCUUGAAUUAAUGGCUUCAUUUAGUAAGAUCCCCUCCCUCUGAAAGAUCACCCUUCUUAUAGGCACAAAUGUGAAGUGCAUGUUAUCCUGUUAAGCCAAAUUUUGACAAAAACUGAUGCAAACUAAGCAUGGGUUUCCUUCCCCUGUCUAUUCACUCCUGAGAGGAAAAUUGGAAACAGGGUGGAGCAGGUAGAAAUAAAAUUAAGGGGAAGCCUUGCUUGUAGUUUUUAUGCAUACAACUGGUACUGGAACAAACCCUUGAGUAUGAUAAAUCCAAAUGAUACUUUUGUGGACAUUGAAAAGAGCUUCAUCAGGGUUGGUCCAUAUUUAAAAGAAAAAUAUGAAAACAUUCAAUCCUCUCAAUCCUAAACCAUCCUUGUUUCUUUUUGGUGUGUUCUUGCCUCUGGUGUUUAUCUAUUGAAGUAAACAAUUAUUUUAACCCUUUCAAUCCUAUAAUUGACCAGACAGGAAAUUUUCCUUAUAGUAACUACUUAUUUUCAAGCAUAAAGAUGAUGUUAAGAUAAAAAAUAUCAAGCUAGACUAUUGAUUGAUUUAUCUGUAACACCAAAUUCUCAGAGCUUAAAUUGCAAGAAUUGUAUGGAAAACAGUGUCGAGAAUUAUAGUUUAGAUCUUGGGAGUGAAAUGGUUAUUAAGUUUUCUAUCCAUUCUAAAGGGAUUUUACAAAUAUUGUGACAAAACACUUUUGAAAUCUUCUUGUAGGACAAAUUAAUGGCACCAUGGGAACCAACCCUUGAUGAACUAAGGGAUUCUAUUGGUGAUUGGAAUUCUGCUGGAUCCCAGGAUGCUACAACGAAAAGUGCAUGUGAAUGGCGCAAUGGCCCGGCAGCUCUUUGGUAUGAAAUGCUUGGAGUGAAUGAGGAUGGAACAAAUUUAGAUUAUGGUUUCAAGCUAACAGAGGUGAAGACAAAGUUUAUGGUUAGCUUUUGAAAUGUUGAUGUUUUAGGAUAGUUCCUUAUGAGACUUUAACACUGUCAAAGUGGUAUAUCUCCUUUUUUUGGAAGGGGAGAGUGAUAGAGGGCAUAGGGGUUACUGACUGGGGAAAGUUGAGGCACAUUGCACUCUGAGGUUGUUUGCUGGCUGUGUUGACUGGGGCAAUCUAAUAGCUAAGAGAAGACCUGAUUGUCUGAGUUUCUCUUUAAACCCUUUAACUCUCAAGAUUAGAUUGUUAGUUCUAUCCUCUAGCCGCUACACAGUUUUUUAGUAAAUUGGUUAAAAGAAUUUAGUAUUUGAUCAAGAUGACAACUUCUGCCUAAUAAGUUUGAGUAUUCUCACACCUGUUUGCUAGACUUAAAGUUAAUGUAUGGAUGCUGUAGGAAGAACUUACAUGUUAAUCACUUCUGGGACUUUAAGGGUUAAACCAUAGAAGAAGUCUAUUCAGAUUGUUGAGGACAACUGAAUGGAAAUUGCAAUGGACUUCAUAUGUUUUGUUUUGCUCCUUCUCACAGCAAGCAGAGGAUGAGGUAGAUUCAUCAGUAUCCCCCAAAUCACCACACUACCUCCCACCUGAUGAAUGUUUUGAAAUGGUGGCCCAAGUCAACUGGGAGGAUGAAAUCAUCUGGACUCUUGAUGAUGUAAAACCUAACCUCCAAGCUCAAGCCAGGGCAGGCUGGAUACCAACAGCUACAACACGCACAGCUCAAGCUUAUGCAGCUCAGCAGGAGCAGUUACUACAACAACUUGGUACAAAUGAAAUAUUUUAGUAAAGCUAGAUUUAGUUUUUGUUUUUCUUAUUUUCUUAUAGCACUUUUUAAUAACGUGGAAACCAUAAAUUUUCAUUUGUAUUAUAUAAAAGAGUUUCAUGCUGCAAUUAACUCCCAUCAGUGAUCAGGACAGAGUUUCCCCUUAUAAUAACAAUACAAUAUUUUGCAGACAAGUGAUGAGAAUAAAGAAAAAUAUCAAUUAGGGAAUUAUUUGUCAAUCCAAUACCAAAUUCUCUGAACUAACAUGACAAGAAUUGUAUGGCAGACAGUGAGGAGAAUUACUAAUGAGAUCUUGAGAGUGAAUGGGUUAAUAUGGGUGGAUUUUAAUCUUCUUUGCCAGUGUCUACUUUGGAUGCUAGUUUUGAUAAAAACUGUUGGUACAAAGUGUUUUUUUCAAAGAGUCCAAAUUUCAACAGAAUAUUAUGUCAGUUAUGUAUAAAUAACUUUUUUAAAUUAAAAAAUUGACUCGUUACAUGGGUUGGUUUUCCAAGUUUGCUUGUUUCUGCCUUAAAAUGCUAACUGUGAUAAUGACUGAUGGUGAAAAAUCUUUUUUCAAACAUUCCAAAUUAAAAUAGAAGAUCAUGUUAACUAUGUACUAAAUAUGAUCUUCUCGAUUAAAAAGUGAAGUGUAAUUGGUAUGUUGGUGCUAUAAGAUUUUACUACUUAUAUUUGAAAGAAAUUUUAGGGAAGGAAGAUUUUAAUUUCUUAAUGGAUAACAAAAUUAUUUUGAUUUGAAGCUCAAAUUAUUUCUUAAGCACAAUGUGUCAAAUGCACUUCUAAUGUGCAGUUGAGAUGUGUAACUUCCUUUUUUUUUUUUUUACAGGGGUACGGCAUCCUGGACUUGAAACAUUUUUGAAGAACACAACCUCAGCAAUCAAAGCUAAUACAACUUUCCUGAAUCCACCCAACAAACCAGGAGGUGCUGGAGAGGAAAAUAAUAAUCAGAAAUCUUCAAAAUGGUACUCUAUCUUCCCAGUGGAAAAUACAGAACUUGUUUAUGGCGAUUGGGAAGAUAAGAUCAUUUGGGAUUCACAGGUAUUUGUUUUUUAUUCCAAUUUCUCAAUUGACAUCCAUAAGCUUCAUAUCUCUAUUCCGUUCCUAGAAAUCCAUUGAAAUGAUGUAAUAACUUCUUACCACAUGUAACAGAAGGAUACAUACAUAUAUGCAAUGUAAUCAUAUGCUUUUAAUUGUGUUCUAGAACAUGCCAUCAAUUCCCUCUCCUACUAUCAUGCGACUGGAUCCAAAUGACGAAAACAUAAUUCUGAGUAUCCCAGAGGACUCUGGUCCACUAGUGAAGGAGAAUACAGCAACACUUACACCUAAAAAGGUAGACUUAAGAUCACCUGUUAAACCUGGCAUUUGCUUUUUGCUAAUUUGUUGUUGUGGUUUUCUUUCCACAUUUGGUAAGCUUGCUCUAAUCAGCAUGUCAGUUAGUCCUCAUAGGCUUAAAAGACCAUGAGUUAGCUACAAGUAAAAAUGAUUUCGAUUAGCUGAUAUGCCAAAUUAUAGGAAAGUAAAUCACUUCUUAAACACUAGAUUAUUGGAUGUCAUCAAUAAUAAAUUCAUGUUUUAGAAAGAUCCAGCAGACUACACUUGGCUGAAAGCAGGUGAAAACAGUGACAAGAUUACUUCUUUUAUGCUUAAUAUAACAUCCUGGUUGACUUCCCUUAUCCAACCAAACACUUUUAUCUAUAAAAAUUCCUUUUACCAGGAGGCUAAGAAAUCUAAACUACUUUUGGGAAAGAACAACUCUAAAGAGGGUGAAAAUGUGGAGGGAAAAUCAGAGGAACAGCUGAAGAACAAGUUUAAUUUAUCAAAUGAUGAAUAUUACAGUGCAAAGAACAGUGAGUGUUUAUGCAACCCUCAUUUUCAAAUCUUUUAUUUCCAAGAUCUGAGUACCAAUUCUCCUCUCUCAAUUAAACAUGUCUUGCCUUUUUUUAGUGCUGAGAAUUUGGUGUAGUAUCAAACCAAAUAAAGUUGAUGGUAAUUUCUUUCUUUUCAAUCUAUAUUUGCUUUGAUUUUGGAAGGAUAAUUUGUUUUUGAUUCACUUUUUGGGCUCCAGGUGCUACCUUUCAUUCAUGUGUUAGCUAAACAACUCCUUAGAUGUGACAAGUAAUUCUUCCCUCGGUUUUCUGUUUUUAAAUUUGUUAAGAGAUUGGUGAGUUUGUCAAUUCUCAUACUUUAGUGGCUUCAUUAGAUAUGAAAACUGUUUGGAGAAAGUAAGUUACCACUGUGUGUAAUAAGUUUCUUGUUUGUUUACAGCUGCUGAAACAUCUUUGGAUACAAGUGGAGGUUCAAAUCUUGUCCAGGUCAGAAUUUUAUUUCCUUGUAAGUUUGUACAGGUGUAGAUCCCUCUAAAAUAUUUUGAUCAAUGCUCUGUAUUGUUUACUCAAGGACGUAGUCAACAUUUGUAAAUUGUUUUAAUUUCCUACUAAAAACCAUUCUGAAAUAGUCCACAUCCAGAAAAAAAGUGUACGUACAUUUUUAGAAUCCAUGUUGUAAUUUUAAUUGAUUGAGUCAAAAUGAUUCUAAAUUAAUUUGAGAAGUGUUCCCCCUUGUCCAAGGACUUUUUAUUUUGCAUGAAGAAGACAUCAAAUUAUAGUACAGUAAGAUUUAUUAAAGUUCACAAGGGAACCAGGUGGACAAUCAGACAUGGUUUGAUGCUACUCUGGUUUAAAGGUUUAAUAAAUGUGACAGAUAACUUACAAUUCAUAGACCCAACGUUUUGACAAUCCUGUCUAGUGCCUUCAUUAGGAGUGAUCUAAAAGGACCUCUUGUUGCAGUGAUCAGAUCACCUUGGUGAAGGCACUAGACAGGAGUGUCGAAACCAGAGUAGCAAAAAACCAUGUCUUAUAGUACAAUAGUUUGAAAUCAUUUUGACCCUGGAUUUGAUAUAAACCGCUAACAGAAGGUGUAAAGCAUAAAUACAUUUGAAGUAAAAUUGCAUUCAAUUUAUAGAAUUUUCCACAGGAAUUCCAAGAAAAUAAACUAGGGCUUUAGUUCUAUUUAAAGAUACUUGUCAGUGUGAGUCAGAUGUCUGAAUAUUUUCUUCCUUCAUUUUCAUCAGCAUUCACUGCCUGCCAUAGAACUUCAGCGACCAUACUUUCCCACUUACAUGGUUGCGCUAGAUUUGCGUCAUUUCCAUCGUGUUCCUCUAAAGGGUUUUGGUCAUGGACCCUUGUCCAAACCUGGAAGACAUAAUGUAUAUGGGCUACUGAAGCAUAUCAAGAAGAAAGCCAGGGUCAGUGAACUAUUUGAUUUUCACCCAUAGGAGAUGCAGGAUACUUAUGUGUAGAGAUUUAAAGGUUCUGGUUUAACCUUGGAAGCGUCAUUGUGUUUUGUUCUUGAGCAAAACACUUUACUCUUACUUGUCUCUCCCGUCUCAGGAAUAUAAAUGAGAACUGGGGAAACAUCAGGGAAACCUGUCAAAAAGUGGGAGUGAGGUGGGGUGGGGUGGGGUGGUGUUGGGUGGGUGAGGUAACCGGCAAGGAGCUAUUAUUCAAAGUACUUUCCUUUUUUUUUUUCCUCAAACCACUAGCGCAAUCUAUUAAACUACAAGCGAAUUUGGUUUUAAAAUAGCCAGACUCUUUGGAAUCCUCUAGGAUUACCAGUGGGAAUGAGAUUUCUAAACCAAUCAAGGAGAGCUGUGAAGCAAAUCUUGGGACAAUCUAAAAAACAAUUUCAAACUCUUUGCUGUCACAAGGCAUCUCUCCAUUCAGGAAAGUGAACGAGCUGCGAGACAAGAAGGGACGAUACGGUGACGUGCAGGUGUUUGCUAGUGAUGGACAAGCUUCCUAUCAAGGGAGAGAAGCUAUUCUCAAAGUUGCAUCAUUCAUUGGAAACCAAGAUAAUCCUUAGCCUUGUUAGCUCUUACUCCACAGGCGGUCUAACAUAAUUUUGUUUUUAAUGAAUUCCUGUUUCAGGAACGUGAAAAGGAGCGCCUGGCAUCUGGAGGAGGAGAGAUGUUCUUCAUGAGAACACCAGCUGAUUUGACGGGAAUGGACGGUAGUUUGGUGUUUUUUGAGUACUGUGAGGAAUAUCCACCACUCAUCAUGGCUGUUGGCAUGAAUGCAAAGAUCAGAAAUUAUUACAAACGGGUAAGGGAAACAACUUUAUCAACUAGAAUUAAUGGCUGCAAGUGGCAUAGCAUGAUCAUUUAUAUCCUGCGUAGUAUGACAGCGCAUGGGGGGGGGGGGGGUGGGGGUGGGGUGUACGUGGAAAGGAAGUCAAACCGGUAGGGAGACUCUCUCGCGCAUGCUCCUAAAAAGCCAUGCUCUUCUCACUCAAGGAAAGAAGACUAUACUUAGCUCAUUUAAUUUCAUGUAUCGUGCGUGCUAGAGGGUUUAUUUUAUCGUGAAGGUUUAAUGAUUAUUACCUCUAGCUCAUUCUCACGUACCAGUACUUUUUACAAUGUAUUACCUUUAGAAACCAGGCAAGGAUGAGAGUAUGCCAGCUUAUGAAUAUGGAGAACCAGUUCCAGUACAUCAGACAUCACCAUUUCUUGGCCAGUUGGCACCAGGAGAGUCUUUACAGGUCGGUCACGACAUGAUAUAUUAUUCACGACACAUGAUUUCUACAGUAAAUGCUUAUGUUGCUUGUCCAUCCGAAUGAGGGUGGUCCUGAAAAACACUAUUUUCUGUGUCAGUGUCUGUUAUUUACGACAGCCUGAGGACUGAUAACAGUUCUUUUUUAGAACUGUCUUCUCUUAGACAGAAAUAGAACUCGAUUUUAGUAAUUUCUAUGCUGCAAAGGUCGAACUGUUGUCUCUCUUUGUAGGCUAUUGAGAGCAACUUGUUCAGAGCUCCGAUUUUUCAACACGAAUUACCUGAGACAGAUUUCCUGAUCAUCAGAAAUUCGUCUGGGUGAGUACUGUACAUGUAUCUUCACUUCACUUGUUUGUUCCUAGUAAUGACCUGCCUCAUCACUUAGUUCUCUGCGGCUCAGUGGUAGAGCAUCGGAAUGCUAAUUUCGAAGUUGUGAGGAUCUCGAUCCCUUAUGGGAAUUUUUUAUCUUUGUCCAACGCUAAUGGCAAGACGAAAGAAUAUCUCUUCAUAUCAAAUACUUCAUUAUGAUAGCUGCAGCUCCAAGCUUAUGGGUGAUGUGGACAAGGGCCCCUUUUUGAUAUGGUCACAAAUUAUUUUACAACAUCAUAUAAAGAUUCCUCUGAUGUGGUGUUUUCUUCCAAUUAAAUAAGUUAUUUUGUUUGUGUUACGUAGGUAUCAUAUUCGUGAUGUGAAGACAAUUUUCACUGUGGGCCAGGAAUGCCCAAAGUUUGAGGUACCAGGACCAAACUCUAAAAAAGCAAACAUUCACGCCAGAGAUUUCCUCCAAGUAAGUUGAAUUGACAUGCAUUGUCAUAUGAAAUUAAGCAAGAUACAUUAAAGUGCCUUAUCAUAUGAUCCUUAAGGCCCCCUGCGAUGGACUGGAGUUGCAUUACCUCUCGUUGCGUAAUGCUGUAGGAUUAGAAGAAACUAACCCGCAGGCCUGACCUCUCAGGAGGCGAACUCAUGAUGGCCGACUGACUUGUUGUGAAGGUCAUUUGUGAAGUGUAGGAAAUAGCAUGGUGGGUUCUUUUAUAUUUUCACAGAUUUUCAUCUAUCGAUUGUUUUGGAAAAGUCCAGACACGCCAAGGAGAAUCAAGAUGGACGACAUCAAGCGAGCAUUUCCAAUGCACUCCGAGAGCAGCAUUAGAAAACGACUCAAACUUUGUGCCGACUUUAAGAGAACAGGUUGGUCGAUUUAUGUAGUUGAAAUUAUCCACCAGUGUGUAGACGCGUUCGUGAGAGGGUGCAUAAUUGAGCACGUGCAAUUUCGCAAGCUUUGGCGAUUAAGAAUCUUGUUGGAGACUAACAAAUGCAAGGGUCAAACAUUUGCUGACUACCAUUGAGCCGUUUGGGCAUUCACGGGGAGAUAUUACAUUCAUUUUGAUAAGAAGAAAUUUUCUUGUAUUUUUGCUAAAUCUGUUUUGGUUUGGAAAAAAAAAAAAACAAAAAAAAAAAAAAAAACGAGCAAAACCAGAGGAACCUUUUUUCCGUUCGCGUUUGUAGCAAAGAUACUUCUUUAUACAUCCAGUGAGUACGUGGGUGAAUGAAUGUGACUUAGUCUUAAGGGAGAGUGAAUAUUAUUUGCGUGAGUGAGCGAUGCGUAAAUUAGUAAGUCGCACGUGUUUGACUCAGUCUUACGUGGGUAUCAAUGUUACUGGCGCGAGUUAGUGAUGCGUUACAACUGCACUAUAGUUCAGUGCAGUGUAGAUGUUGAAUUGGUCUGUGAAACCAAAUUAAACAACAGCCAUUAGCAAGGUGAGCAAAUUACCUUAACGAGAUCAAUUAUUUUAGAUUCACAGGAAAUGGAGUUCAGAAAUUUUACCUUUGACAGUGAGUAUAGGGCAGUCAUGAGUAGAGUAGUUUAGCCUAUGUUAGUUAUAUUGAGCAUAUAGUAAUAAAGCAUAACAUGACGUGAUACAUUUGGUUGCAGUUUAUACAACUAUUUAUUUUAUUUUUUUAUGAAUGAAUAGGAGAAAAACAGUGUUAGAUAAAGCAGCAUAGCGUUAAGUAUUGAAGAUUAUUACAUUACACAGUAUAGCAUAGCGUUAUGGUUAUGAAAGCUUUACUGAACGAAGGUAAAAAUUUAACUGAUUGAAAAGCUAGCGCAUGCUUGGUGUGGAAGCUGAUUGAUCUACCCUGAUGUUACCAUAGGUACUGACUGUAAUUGGUGGGUACUGAAGAAUGAUUUCCGUUUGCCAACGGAGGAGGAGAUGCGUGCCCUAGUGUCACCCGAGCAGUGUUGUGCAUAUUACAGCAUGUUGGCUGCAGAACAGAGACUCAAGGUGAGUCUCAAUCCUAUGUUCAUCAGACAGCCAUGUGCGACUGAAGAAAAAGAAGGCUCUAGUCAAUUUUCUUGCUCCCUGUGCAGCUGAAAUAGGUCUUACUCGUACAAAUUGUGCAUUACAGAUUAUUUUUGUCAUUUAUUUUUGUUUGUCUAUGUUAGGAGAAAUCCUGAUAAUUUAUUUCUUGAGCAUUACUGAAUUAGUUUCCCAUUCAUGUUUUUUUUUAACUUUUCAAAGGAUGCUGGUUAUGGCGAGAAAUCUCUGUUCUCCUGCGACGACGAUAACGAUGAUCCAGAGAGCAAAAAUAUUGAUGACGAGGUAGGUGUUAAUGAGAUGGAAAAUUCAUUUCAAAUGUGGAAUGUCUUAUUUGUGAGUCAGUCUAAACGUGCGACUCGCCUUUUUUCCUAGGUUCGCACAGCCCCAUGGAAUACCACAAGAGCAUUUAUCUCAGCCAUGAGAGGAAAGUGUCAGCUGGCUGUGACAGGAUCUGCGGACCCCACCGGGUGUGGGGAGGGAUUUUCAUACGUUAGAGUACCUAACAAGCCUAUGGCAAAUAAGGUAGUGUAAUGACCAUUAAACUGUUUUUUUGAUCUGUUGCAUGGCGGGAAGGAAGAGAGUAGUAGAGGAAAAAAAUUCGUGGUUCUAUUUUUGAUUAUUUCUCUCUAGAAACACUUCUCAAGGUUUUUUAAAUGUAACGUGACACUUGUGUGCCAACCUGAAUUGCUAAUUUACUUGGUAUUCGAGCUCUGUUUUGUAAACGACUCGUUAAACUUGCCAACGUCACGAUGGUUUUCGAAGAUUUAGCAAAAGUGCUAAACACACUGUUGUCUUUCUUUCUGGUUUGAUCAGGAUGAUUCCAGCACCAACUCUCCUCAGAUACGAAAACAAAAGACAGUUACGGGGACUGAUGCCGAUCUAAGGAGAUUGUCUUUGAAACAAGCACGACAAGUACUCAGAAACUUUGGAGUAUCAGAUGAAGAGGUAACUCACUUAAUCUUGUACCAUUAUGAUACGAGUUUGUGUCCCGGUGAUGCUUUCUUCCCUUUAUGGUAUUUUAGUGGUUAGCUCGUUAGACUCUGGAUCGAAAAGUCCUGGUGCGAGACCUGGCUGGGUCAUUGUAUGGUAUUCCCGGGCAAGACACUACUCUCUUGAUAGAUUGGGACUGGGUUUCCUGUGAUGGACUGGUAUUCCUUCCAGGAGGUGUAGAAGUAUUUUCAGUUACUUUAUGCUACUCGAAGCCGGAUAUGCUCCGGUAACAGACGACCAUAAGGGUUGUAACACGUAACUAAACCACACCGUUGCCUCACGGACCUCUGUGGGAAGCUGCUCGAGACGCACUCUUUCCUAAUGUCUUAUUUAGCAGAUUGUUUCUUUGUUUCUUUGUGUAGAUUCGAAAAUUAUCCAGAUGGGAAGUUAUUCAUGUCGUGCGCACAAUGUCUACAGAGGCGGCUAAGUCUGGAGAAGGAGGUAGGUCGCGCUAGUGUCACGUUACUGUCAAUCAGUGAGGUCACGCUACAUUAAAUGGUAAGUGACAUAACGGUCAUGUACGUUUGGAUGAUUUUUAUAUCUUUUGUAUACAGGUAUGAGCAAGUUCGCCAGAGGAUCAAGAUUCACUAUUGCUGAACAUCAGGAACGCUACAAAGAAGAAUGUCAGCGGAUAUUUGAUCUACAAAACAGGUUAGCAACAAGACCUUUGGCUACUAAAUUCCUGUAAACCCUGAAAGUUAUUUCUGAGCGUGGUGAACUGUCAGCGGUUUGCCUGCGAUGGACUUAAAUUACAUCCGAGGGGAGUAACGAUAAUUGUAGUGGUCUCAUGCUACAGAAACAAGGAUAAACUCUUGCAGAAUGAAGGACCAGCCUAGUAAGAACUGGUCUGGAUAAAAUAAAUAUGUUUUUAAUCCCUUUUUUACGUGUAGAGUUUUAUCAUCAACUGAGGUCCUGUCUACAGACGAGGAGAGUAGCAGUGAUGAGGGAAGCGAUAUCGAUGAGCUUGGGAAAAAUCUGGAAAGUAUGUUGGCCAACAAGAAAACCAGUAUGCAGGUGUGUUUAAAACUAUUUCUACAGUUGGUCCUUUAAUUUAGUUUGUUCCAUAUGCAGAAAUGUACCUUCAAAAUGGAGACUAAUUGUCAUGUUGGAAGAUAAUUUUCAUCUAACAAAGACCUUCAUUGCCUAAACAGAACGUACUGUGAUCUGAAGUCAAUCGUUCUCCUAUGAUUGAAGGAACUUGUGAAAUUUUCAUGAGUCUGUGAAAAAUUUUCACGUGAUUAUUAUUAUUUUUUACCUCAGCUCACUCACGAAGAAGAAGAGGCCGAGAGAAGAGAACUUCAGAAGCUACUGAGUGAUGAUAAACCCAGCAAAGAAUCUGUAAGAAACAUUCGUCAACAUCUCUAUUAUCAUGUCCAUAUUUUCUCUUCGUUUUAUUUAUUGCAUUGUUAAUACGAUUCACCCUAUUAGAAACUUACUGGUUCUUUUUUAAAAGAAAAGACCGAGAUGCUGUUACAACUUAUAACGCGAAAGCAAAGCAUUAGCAAUACAUUGUAGUUAUCCCUUUCCUGUGUUACCUUUGAUGAUUAAUAGAAGCCUAACAUUAAUUUCUAACAUUCUCUCCCCUUUUUUCCAUGUAAACAGAACGGUAAGUCUGCAGGUAAGGCUUCCAUUUUAUUUGCCUACUUUUGAAUGUACUUUUGUUUUCAUCGAUCGUAUCUUAAUCUCUUUACCCUCUACACCCAAAUAGCGGUAUGCAUAUUCUCCAUACUGGUCUCUAUACAUUUCCAAAUGUACUGACAAGGAGAAUUUUUCCAGCAAUCUUGAGCUUCUUUAGUUGGUGAUAAUUUCCUUUAUUCUUUUAACCUUCAGGGGUGAUAUUGUACGGAGAAAUAACGUGCCAGUCGCUCUCAGGGGUUUAUGAGUCGACAGUAGUUUCCUGAAACUCAAAACAACCUGUGUCGGAGUGAAGAGAUUAGCUUCCUCGCCAAUCUCCCAUAUACAGUUCCCUCCUGCGAGAUUUAUUAUAUUUCUUAAAGGGAAUGUCGCUUAUUUGCAGGAAAACUGAAUUGAAUUUAUUUACGCGAAAUAAAGUUCCCUCGCGACUCCAAAAAGAGAGCUCGGCUAAUUUGUUGUUUGAAAAUAAACUCGCAGGCGAAAAGGGCGGAAAGGAAGGCGCCAAGAAAGAUAGCAAAGGAGACGAGGAUGAAACAGCUUCAGUUACGAGUUACGAAUCAUCGAUGGUGAGUAGAUUGCAAGGACUGUCAGUACUGGAAUGUAUAAAUAAGAAAGGAGAAUAUCCUGAAGAGCCAGUGAGAACUCAAAGAAAAACAAGAAAACCGCCGAAAGCGCGGGAAAACGCUGGCAACCAAGUCGUGAUUGGUGUUAUCUGUUAUCUGAUUGGUUGAGACAGUGGAGCGAGUUUUCUGGACCAAUCACAGAGCAACGUAAUAAAUACCAAAGCAAUCCCGGAUUAUCUUCAACGCUCGACUGAAAAUUGUUUUUUGUAUUAUAUUAACAUUUGUAUAAAUCUAGUUAAAUUCUAACUGAUAUAAAAGUUCUUCCUUCUUUCUCCUUUUUUUUAAUGAGACGUUUGUUGUUUUAUCAAUUUUUCUUUUUAUAAUUUCUUCCAGGUUGGCCGUCGCCUUCGUAUCAGACGAACGUUUAAAACGCCGGACGGAAAGGAAUUUGUUCGCAUUGAAGUCGUCAAAAACCAGGCCGUUAUUGAUGCGUACUUGAAGCUGAACAAGGACAAGAGUGUCAAGUACUUCAGUUGUUGAUUGUUUCUGUGGUUUUAAUUUGUUCAAACAAGGUUAUGAUGUUGUAGAAACAUUUUACUUCUUCACCCGACCUUCUUCGUUUUUGUUCACCUCUUGCAGAGCUCAGUUUGCGAGUGUUGAUGAGGUACAUAAGGAGGAAAUCCGACGGGAAAAGAGAAGGUGACUUUACGUUUCGUGGGAUAAGUUGGAUGACUCUUCCAACAAUUGAAAUAUCUCUCAUUGCCUUUGGUUUUUUAGUAAUCAAAGGAAUAAAGAUAACACAAGUUUUAUAUGAAAUUCCAGAAUUCAAGAACAGUUGCGAAGGAUAAAGCGAAACCAAGAAAAAGAAAAACUACAGCCGGUCAAAAAGAAGAAAGAAAAACCUCCAAAUAACGUAAGCACACUUAUACACUUAUAUUGUUGUAAAGUUUGAGGGAUAACAGUGGAGCAACCUCGCUGGGCGGAAGGACAAAGAUUCUUGAAUCCCAAAAUCUUCUCCUUUAAUUUGCCACUGCUUUAUUUGCUGCUUCAUUUUCUGAAUAAUUUUCCUAAUCAAUAACUAAAAAGCUACGUGCUUACAUUCCCGCUUUUUGGUCACAGUGAUGUUUUCUAACUUUGGAAGUUAACGCCACGCUCAAGGUGUUUCUUUGAAAUCCGGAUACCAGUGAUCUACCACUGUCCGAAGUACGAAACCUCUUACCGCCAUCUGUUUACCUUGUGUCUGUCUUGUUUGAGUUUUGCCUUACGGCCCCUUUUCGAGCGCUGCCGCCUAUUACAUCUUCAACAGCUGCUUAUGGGAAAAGUUAUCGAAACACUUGACACUUAUACUAUCUGAGAUAGCUUUCAAUAAAACACCGUGACAAAAAACUAAAGGACAGAAGGUUUGAAAACAGAGAUUACAUUCGUAAUCAGAAAGCACUCACAAAUAUGACUCUAACUUUGAUAACAGACGAAAAUUUUGGAGAAAACAAAACUCUCAUUGAACAUGAAAAUCGAGAAGGGAUUAACAAGAACCUUAAAUUGCAACUCGUUGUUUCAAAAGUUAUUUUCCUUUCUAUUUUCAUCAGUUGAAAUGUGGCGCUUGUGGAGCAAUAGGACACAUGCGCACCAACAAGAAUUGUCCGAACUACCAAGAGGCGAAUCCAGCUUCUGUAGUAGUGGCCAUGACUGAUGAACAGGUGGCUGAAGAGGAACUCAACAUGCCACAGGAUGAUUUGGUGAAAGUUGAAGGAACGAAAAUUACUUUGGGAAAAGCUUUUCUUGAUCAGUAAGCACGAUCGUUUGCUGGUAGAUACACGGCCUUGCAUGCUGUGCAAAAGAUAUUUUUACCAUAGUUGUAAGGUUAUCUUAAAGGGCUUUAAGUAUAGUGAGACAUUCUGAGAAUUGAGUCUUUUUCUUUUAAGUUUCAUAUGAAAGAGUACUGAGCAGAUGAAACUCGAAUCAGUACUUGAAGCAUGUCACCCUUUGCUAUGCGCGGGAAAAGCGUGGCGACUGAGAUAAGACUGGGUUCGAGGUCUGCGCCUGAUAGUUUUCGCCGACGGGUGGUUGGCUAGUCACUCGAAGUAAUUAAGGAGUAAGACCGAUCGAACUUCACUUUUGACAAAAUUUAUUCAUUGUCAUGUGCUGUUUUCCUCCAGAACGAACGAACUGAAAAGGAAAGCACUUGUUUUACGCUUCCCGAAAGAAUCUGGUGAGAGAAUGUUAAUCGAUCUAUCGUAUGCGAUAAUUAUGCAAUGAGUAUUAUCAAAAUCCAGUUUAUUUAUUUUUAUAUAUACAUGUGUGUAUAUAUAUAUAUAUAUAUAUAUAUAUAUAUAUAUAUAUAUAUAUAGAUAUUUGUUUUAAUUUGUUUUAAUUAUUUUUAGUGCGCAAGAAAAGACGUUCAGGAGUCAUGCAUUGUGAUUAUCUUAAGGUACGAUUGUUUAGUGAAGUAUUUCAAUUAACCAUCAGCAGAAUUGUUCUUAUCUUCGCCUGCUAAAAUUGAAUAUUUUGUCUGUUUUUUGUUUUUGUUUUAGAAACCACGCAAAUCGAUUAACCGUCGAAGGGCCAAUCCUGAGGUAAUUACUUAUUUAUUCCUUCAGCAAUUUCAGGUUCGAUUGACAAUCGAACUUAUUCCGCGAUGCGCUGGUCAUGCUAAUCUUCGGUCAAUGAUUGGUCUUGAAAUUUGGAUUAACGAGGCAAUUUGUUACUUGUCUUCCCUUUGUAACUUCUGCCUUACUCUUGUGCUCGUCAAUUAUAGGUGGCUCUGCAAGCUCUCUUUGAGUUAAUCAUCAAUAAAAUGAAGGAAAUGGAGGAUGUGAGUAUAUUUUUUCUUGUUAUUUAUUAACUUUAUUAUUAUUAUUAUUAUUAUUAUUUUAAUACUUUUGAUUUGUUUGUAAAUAAGUCACUUGUUUUUCAGCAUUUUAUCGUUUCCCCUUUUUUACAAUCAAGAUUUAUCAAGGAAAACAACGAUGAUUAUUUUUUUCAUGUAUAUUAUGUCAGAAAGACCUUUUUUGGCAAGACUGUGUCUGCAGGAUUUGGAUUAUUAUUGCAGUUCUUAUAUAUUCUUAUUCUUAAUAAUAAUUAUAAUUAUUGUUAUUGUCAAAAGUCUCAGUUUCAUUUAUCCUUCGGUGAGUUCAACCAAAGCAUUUACACCAACAAUCGUUGUUGUAAAGAAAGACAAACCUGAUCAAAGUACAGGCAGGCAAGAACUACUUCUAAGCAAAAGAAACUCACAAAGAGUGGCUGAAGUCUUGGCACUCUAUACUCCUUUUUAAAUUUUUUCUUUAACCUUUAUUUGCCUCUGCCUCUCCGCCAUUUUGACGUUGCCAGGUGUUAACAAAUUGUUCUCCAAUCUCAGGCAGCAUUCUUUGGGGAAAAGGGAAACUUCCAAGUAACUUAUUAGAGAUGAAGUACAUUAUUUCUUUUUAUUAUGUUGGUUUGUCGUCCACACCCAGUCAGGGAAGGGGACGCGUGCCAACUACUUUUGUCAAUCAAUGUGUCUUCGCUAAACUGAGUUCAUGCCGGAACACUUUUCGUUAUUUAAAAGUCAAUUUGAAUGCUUCUAUAAGGUCUUAUAACUUGUCUUCUUUUACCUCAUAGACAUGGCCUUUUCAUCAGCCUGUUUCAGCAAAAACUGUUCCUGAUUAUCACAAAGUUGUUAAAAAUCCCAUGGAUCUACAAACCAUGCGAGAGGUGCGUGAUUUUGAAAAAUCUUUUCGAGAACUUUGAUUGUCAUCCGAAAACUGCCAGCCUCCUUCUAUAGCUUUUUCCUUUGGUCAUAUCUUAUUUAUUUUUUAUUGUCAGAAUCUCCGAAAGAGUAAAUAUCUGUCAAGGGAGGAUUUUCUCGAGCACGUGUCCUUAAUCAAGGCAAACAGUGUGUUAUAUAAUGGUGAGUCGAAAAAUGAUGUCAUUAUUUUAAACGAGAGUUAUAAUCGUUUACAGGUUCGACUGUAAUUCUCUACUCGCACGUUUGCUUGCUCCAGAAUUUUGAUAAUUUUUUUCUUGUCCCAUCAGGACCUACUCACGAUUUUACUGCUGCAGCUGAGAGGAUGUUGGAAGUUUGUAGAAAGUCUUUGGUGGAUGUAAGUGUAACACCGACAACAUCUGUGCAGGGUUGCGGGGAUUUGGUGCUUUGCUGAAAAUUGAAUUAUUAAUUUGAUUAAUUAAUUAAGUUUAUGAACUCCUGCAUUUCUGUGUUGCAUGCAGAUCGAUAACAGCAUAUUUGUGUUAAUUACUUUUUUUCUCAGAAAGAGGAGGAAAUUCUUCAGUUGGAGAAAGAAAUAAAUCCCAUGCUUAGUGACGAUCCGCAGGUAACAAUUCAAAAGAAGCAGAUGUAAUUAAGUACAUUUGGAAAUAUCUGGUUUUACUUCUUUCUGAUGUCCAUCGUAACUUUGUAUUUAUCCAACUUCUCAGAUUGCCUUUUCGUUCAUUCUGGAAAAUCUCCUUGUGCAGUUGAAAACAUUACCAGAUGUAAGUUAUAUUUUAUAAAUAUAGAGAGCUAGAUCUUCAUGAGGUCUGACUCGAUGAGAUUUCCCAUUAAUUAAAACUAGCUUUGGGUCUCCAGGCCUAAUUGAAGACUUUACUUCUUUCGUAUAUUUUUUCCUCAGAGUUUGCCUUUUCAAAAGCCUGUCAGCGCUAAGCAGGUGCCAGAUUACUACGAGGUGGUAAAAACACCGAUCGAUCUUCUCACAAUUAAACAGGUAACACAUAAUUUUCCGUCGUUAUUGAUAAUAUUCCUCGCCUUCCGUUUGUUCCUUAGCCUAUACUGCAGAUCAGUUAGUUGCCUUUGUUAAUCCAUCGACCCCUCAAUCAAACAUUGAGGUCAUGAGAGUCUAAUUUAUAACUAAAGGAUCUAAUUUAUAACUAAAGGAUCUAAUUUAUAACUAAAGGAUCUAAUUUAUAACUAAAGGAACUAAUUUAUAACUAAAGGAUCUAAUUUAUAACUAAAGGAUCUAAUUUAUAACUAAAGGAUCUAAUUUAGAACUAAAGGAUCUAAUUUAUAACAAAAGAAGCUCUUGAUUGUUAAACAAAUUCUCCUUGUCAGCACCUUAGUAAAUGUAUAGUGAACAGUAAGGAGAAUAUGCACACUGAUGUGAGGAUGUAAAGGGUUAACCAGUUAAGCCACAAACAACAACAACAAUCUUUAUCUCUCACCACUUACAUUGUCACCUUGGGUGCGAUUAGCUCUAACACUGAGUCAGCGGCAUAGUGCUGAUGAGGAUUCGCAAAACUUCGCACGACUAACCAGCUCUGUUGAUUCACAGCAAGUGCAGAUACAUGCCUAUCAAAAUAGAGAAGAGUUUAUGGAACACAUGCGAAUGAUGCACAGGAACAGUGUCGUUUAUAACGGUAGGUCGUAUAGCCACUCACGAGAACUUGUUUCGGUGUAGAGUUCGGGAGAGAAUAGUCCUAGAUAGGAAGUGAUAAAAAGUAAUUGAGAUCAUCUCUACGCGUAACUUCAACUGAAAUUUGGCAAUUUUAUGACAGGAGAGCAUCAUGACUUUUCAAAGAUGGCCGAAAGACUGGUCCAGUUUUGUGAUGAAGCCCUUAAAGAGGUAAGCAAGUCAGUUAUAUUAUGCCGAGAAAUUAUUAGUUCUUUUUCCAUUUAUUUUACCCCAGAGAUAUUCCAAGGCUUGACGCAAAAAAAUCUGAGCCCUUCUUACGUGAAUUGUUUGAUUUAGCCAGAAAAAUUAUUUGCGAACAAAUGUGUGGUUAAUUUUCGUUUAAUUUGUAUUAAGUUUCUAUAGACUCGACGUGUUACGUAAAAUCUGUCUUGAGUUAGGUCUUGAAGUCCUCCAUUGGCAGACAACUCUUCACGUGACGUUGUCGAGGACUUUGCCCAAUGGUCCAAAUAUCAGUUCCAUUACUCUCCGAGAUUACCCUCACCUGGUCGAUUACACUGUGCUAUCUUUAUUUUUUCUCUUCCUUAUCUUUUAAAAAUGAAUUUAACACCUUUCUUCAUUUUCACUCCUGUUCCUUGCUAUCUCACAGAAUGACGAUCAAUUGUCCAAGUGGGAGAAUGACAUCUUACUCACUCCAGGCGACGACACCUCAUCAUAUGCCGCUAGCCAACCGCCCUCGGUAGCGGGACCCGAGUGGUCAGCGGAGAACAGCAUGGAGGAUUUCCCAGAAGGCUUAGUAAAGGAAGAGGAUAGUAUGAUGGACAUGAUGGAAUCAGAGGAACUGGACACUACUGGCGAGGAGUUUAACGACUUCAGAGCACAACUUAGUACUACUGUUUCAUCACUAGAUCAAUGUUAGUUAAAUUUCUGUUUAUUUGUCGGGACACAACAUUGGUAUGGAGAGGGUAACUUAGCAUGAUCUACUGAGUUGAUAACGUAAAUUAGCCACCGUCAAUUCGCUCUGACGAAGGGCUAACGCUCGAAACGUCACCUUUGAAACUCUUUACGGAGGCCAAUUUACGUUAUCAACUUAGUUGAUAAUAUUGAAUUACCCUGUUAUACUCUCCCACCGACGCAGCACCACAGUUUCUUAAGAAACUUGCCCCCUUUAUUCAGUGGUAUGGAGAGAUACUGAUUUCCGUUUUCAUUCCAGGGAGAGCUCUAAAGAGGGUGCCUUGAUUAAAAAGGGGACAUGGGUUUGAUAAAGCAGGGAGUAGAAAAUAAGGGAGAUAGAUAGCGAUAUCAUUAUUUUCUUCAAAAUUUAAGUUUCCUCCGUCACCUUCCAGUUGUAAGUGUUUUCUUUGUUCAAAAGUACACACUUUCCUUCCCAUCACAAUUUGGAAGGUUAUAUUCGAUGGAAAAUCCUUAAAAAUUAUCGAAUAUGUGCUCCUACUUGGUUAAGAAAUCUAAGCUAAAUGAAACGCUAACACUUUCAAAAUCAACAAAAAUAACGCGAUAACUGUAACGAUUCCCCUAAAUUACUAAGCAGAAAGCUCAGGUCAGGAACCACUGAUCACCCAUCUGUGGUCUUCUUUUUAUCAUUAGCAACUCGAAUUGACGCUGAUUUCGAUGAGGAAGAAGACGUCGAUAUUGAGGGAUACGACGACGAUGAAAGCACCUCACAAAGCUACACAAAGAAGGAGAGCUUCGGAUCGCAACAACUGCUCGGUAGCGAGCAAGAUUCACAGGAAAUGUCGCAGUUUGAAAGCAUCCUACUAGAUCUUCAACACAGUGAGAGCGAAAGCGAAGAGGAUGAUUUCCCGUUCGGUGACGGAGAUGACGAGGACGAGGAAGAUAUUGAAGAGGAAGAACAGAUAAGCUUUUCUCCCGGAGGAGAUGAGAGUAAUGAAGCAAUAAAGGAAGAAUUAACGGAAGAUCUUUGAGGUUCAAUUCAGUUAGUUCAAAGAACUUCGUUCGUGUUUUUCGUUGACCUGUGAAUCGGGUUUGUUUUCCCUGCUAUCGACGCUAUGACGUCAGCCUGGCUUCAAACGUCACGUGCAGUUGCAUGGUAAAAAAAUCUCUGAAUGAGGGAUUCCUGUGUUGUUUAUAGUUUGCCAUUUAUCAAUAAUCGUGCUCUCUAGUGUUGAUGUCAUUUGACAUGGGCUGUUUCUAUUUCAACUGGAUUCCCUGAGAGGGGCGUCAUUUUAAUCGGACACACAGAAGAACAAUUUCGCUGGCUGUUCAUAACCAACAAAGAACAACAUAGUAAAUGAAAGGUAACUGUACGAGAAGGCCAGCCAAAGCGCAUGGUAUGUAAAUUUACAUUUGACGUAUUACAUGUAAAAUAAAACAAGUAUAAUAAAAUAUAAUAAAUAAGACAUUUCCU